GCCAGAGUCUGCGUUUAAAAUCAUCAGAUCUCGCAAGGCGUCUUCAUAAACGCUUUGUGAUUUGAUCUUCUGCGCUUCUUUUCGAACUCUCUUUCUCUCCCUCGGUUCUGCGAAAAUGAGAGAGUGCAUUUCGAUCCACAUUGGCCAGGCCGGUAUUCAGGUCGGAAAUGCCUGCUGGGAACUUUAUUGCCUCGAGCAUGGCAUCCAGCCUGAUGGCCAGAUGCCAAGUGACAAGACUGUUGGUGGAGGUGAUGAUGCCUUCAACACCUUUUUCAGCGAAACUGGUGCUGGGAAGCACGUCCCUCGUGCUGUCUUUGUGGAUCUUGAACCCACUGUUAUCGAUGAAGUUAGGACCGGAACUUACCGUCAGCUCUUCCACCCAGAACAGUUGAUCAGUGGGAAGGAAGAUGCUGCCAACAACUUUGCCCGUGGCCACUACACAAUUGGAAAGGAGAUUGUUGAUCUCUGCUUGGACCGUAUUAGAAAGCUUGCUGAUAACUGCACUGGCCUCCAAGGUUUCCUUGUUUUCAAUGCCGUUGGUGGGGGCACCGGUUCUGGUCUUGGUUCCCUGCUUUUGGAGCGUUUAUCUGUUGACUAUGGCAAGAAAUCCAAGCUUGGUUUCACAGUCUAUCCUUCCCCACAGGUCUCUACAUCUGUUGUCGAGCCCUAUAACAGUGUCCUUUCAACCCAUUCCCUUCUAGAACACACUGAUGUCUCCAUACUUCUCGACAAUGAGGCCAUUUAUGAUAUCUGCAGGCGCUCACUUGACAUUGAGCGACCCACCUACACCAAUCUUAACCGUCUCGUUUCUCAGGUGAUUUCCUCUUUGACUGCAUCUCUAAGGUUUGAUGGUGCCUUGAACGUGGAUGUGACUGAAUUCCAGACCAACUUGGUCCCUUAUCCUAGAAUCCACUUCAUGCUCUCCUCUUAUGCACCUGUGAUCUCAGCUGAGAAAGCCUACCACGAGCAGCUCUCAGUUGCUGAGAUCACCAACAGUGCAUUUGAGCCCUCAUCUAUGAUGGCCAAAUGUGAUCCCCGCCACGGCAAAUACAUGGCUUGCUGUCUGAUGUACCGUGGUGAUGUUGUACCCAAGGACGUGAAUGCUGCAGUUGCCACCAUCAAGACCAAGCGCACCAUCCAGUUUGUCGACUGGUGCCCCACGGGAUUCAAGUGUGGUAUCAACUACCAGCCACCCACUGUUGUUCCGGGAGGCGACCUUGCCAAAGUUCAGAGGGCUGUGUGUAUGAUCUCAAACUCGACCAGUGUGGCGGAGGUGUUUUCACGCAUUGAUCAUAAGUUUGAUCUCAUGUAUGCCAAGCGUGCCUUUGUUCAUUGGUAUGUCGGUGAGGGAAUGGAAGAAGGCGAGUUCUCUGAAGCCCGUGAGGAUCUUGCUGCUUUGGAGAAGGACUAUGAAGAGGUUGGUGCCGAGGCCCCUGAGGAUGAUGAUAACUGUGACGAGGAGUACUGAUUGGGGUUUGGAUUGCUGUCGGUUUGAUCAUUCUAUAAUAAUAUUUACUAUCUCUUCUGUUUUGUUUGCGUUGUGUGCGGUUUAUGCUGUUUUAGUGCGAGUCUCUGUGACUUAUGCUUUAAGUUCUCUCCUGUUUGAUGCAAUUCGUGUUCAAAACUCAUGGUUAUAUGUAUCUUUUAUUUCUAUACGUUCAUUUGGCGUUUAGAAUUAUAUCUAUAAUUGUGUUUCUAUUGGUUUUCUUUUAAAACAAUUGGUACUGUUAACGAAGAAUGGCUUGGAUGGUGCGGGUGGCUGCAUGCUUGUUUGAGUGAAGUGCGUGUGUUCCGGCAAUUAGGCGUGUCAAUUUGAAUUUGAAUAAGAAGUAGAUGGAUUUAUAUUAAUAUUUUUUAUUGAUAAUUUGCAUUUGAAUCCACAUUUGUAAUUUAUAUUUUAC